GGGAGAGAUCUUUAAUUAAUCAAAUAAACUUUAAAAAACAUGACCCUUCAAGUUGCGAACGCCAGAUAACCGACAUAAUGCAUACAAUAUCUCAAAGCCAUUAAUGAAAGAUUAAUUGAAAAUGGUCAAACUAGAAAACGCAAUUUAUCUAGACUUUAAUUUUAUUUACUCUAGUGCCAUUAGUAAUGCAGCCAAUGGAUAAUUUGCGGAAUGUUGGAAGCAAGUCUAAAUAUUUUUCAAUAUGAACUUGAAAUAGAAAAUUCGCAAAUUCGGUGCCGCUCUUCCAGAUUCUCAUGAAAUGAGGCAACUUCUACACAGUGGGCACGCAGUUAUUGUCAAACUGUGAGUUUGUGUUUUCAUUUCGAGGUUUAAUCGUACGUUCGGUAGUUUUCGCUAUGGCAGAAGAAUCAGCACCAGUCGCCGCUCCAGCAGCAGCAGCUAGCCCGAAGAAGGGAAAGAAAGCGGCAGGUGGACCAAAGAAGCCGAAGUCCAAGCCAACGCAUCCCCCAACUUCUUCAAUGGUGAACGCUGCAAUUAAAUCGUUGAAAGAACGUGGAGGCUCGUCGCUCCCGGCCAUCAAAAAGUACUUGGCAUCCAACUACAAAGUCGAUGUCGACAAGUUGGCACCUUUCAUUAAGAAGUACCUGAAGGGCGCUGUUGCCUCCGGGAAAUUAGUGCAAACCAAGGGCACAGGUGCCUCUGGUUCAUUCAAACUUCCAGCUAAGGAAAAGAAAGAAAAGUCGGCGAAACCAAAGAAGGCAGCGGCAAAGAAACCUAAAGCUGCUGCGAAACCAAAGAAGGCGGGGGAGAAGAAAGCAGCGAAGCCCAAGAAGCCUGCAGCAGCUAAAAAGGCAGCAUCGGGCGCCGCGAAAGCAGCAAAGAAGUCCGGAAGUGUAAAAGCCAAGGCGCCAAAGGAGAAGAAACCGAAAGCUCCUAAAGUAGCGAAGAAGGCACCAAAACCAAAGGCGGCCGGAGCAGCAAAAAAAGCCGCUCCUAAGAAGGCAGCAGCCAAGAAGUAAAUUGGAAGUGGCGCAGGCCUAUGCAUCCAUGGCAUUUCCCUACAAAACCCAACAGUCCUUUUCAGGACUACCAACUAUUGUA